AUGAUGAUGCUACCAGAUGAAGACGACCUUGAUUCCUAUUUUUCUAUGGAUGCUCAUGCAAUGGGAAAACUUUUCUUCACAUUGUCAAUUUGUCUUACUCUGGCUGGUCUUUAUUUUGCUGCUCAUCCUCAUUAUCUAGACGAGUCAUGGAAUUCUAAUAGAACCAACUACGUCAUUAAAAAUUAUAAGGUUCAUCCAAAUGGUUCGUAUUAUUAUGAGUUUCCGGAAAAUGAUGGUACAAUUUCCACGGGUACGCUUGGUGAAUGGUUUGAACGUCUUCUGAAAGGAGAAUACCGAUAUCAUUACGGUAAUGCAUUUUGGAAUUACUGUAGGCCUCGUGAUCCUCCAAAUGUUGAAUGGAUGACAUCAAUUGUACGAUCAAUGAAUCACCUGGUCACUGUGCAGGUUUUCUUCCGGAGUGCUGUUCUCCUCACGAUGACGCACUCUCUGUUUCAAUGCAUGUUGAUUAAUUUUGUCUCGACAACGAAUCACUCCCCAAAACUAGAGAGAAUAAUUGGAUUUCCACUUGUCACAGUGGAAAUCGUUCAUAAUCUUUGUCUGUUUACAAUCAGCUGUCUACAGUACGAACAGGAUUCGAAUCUGAUUCAAUACUCUCGAGUUGCCAUGAUUCUAUUGACGAUUUCAACUGUUCUGAAAUUGAUUUUUGUUGCAAUAAUCCAAACAAAUAGAUUGCUACAAGCUGUGUGUGUCCUGAUUGCUUCUGCUGUAAUUUUAUCGCAUAAUACAGCAUUGGAAGAUUUCGAUAACUUCCUUAUAGAUACUAAUUGCGAUUCUAUGGCUACUCCGUAUGUUGCUAUUUCUCAGUUGAUCUAUUUUCUGGCCUUCUUCGUAACUGGUUAUCUUCAAUAUCAAUGCCUGGCUGGAAUCAGAGUUGUCACUUGCUCAACUCCAGAAGAGAUAGAACAUAGAAAACGAUUUUGUGAAGAACCUAUUGAUCUCAACUCCACAUGA